AUGAUGGGCGAAACUCAGGAAGCUAUAAGCUUAGAGGAGCAGGAGCAGGUGCAGAUUCUAAAUUUUACGAAAUGUGUUCUUUCGCAGAGAACGGGGAACUUUGCUGGUCUUAAUCAUUCUAUUGAUGGUACGGUAUUUCCACCGAUCAGCGGCCUGACUACGAAUCGUGGGAACAAGCUAUUUCAGAAUUCUACCAAGAUUUCACAAAGUCGUAUGAGAGUUGACGCAGAGGAGGACAAGGUUUUCUAUAGUGAAUCUGAGCAUCGGUUGCUUUCGAGGAAGCGAAUGAAGUUUUCCACCUCACCGCAGUUUAUUGUAUUGCACGAGUACCACGACGAUGAGGGCGACGCUGAUAAUGAUGAUUACGAGGAGAUGGAUGAUUACGAGGAUUUGCAUAAUUUGGUUGAUGUGAGAAAACUUUUGUCCCCGAUUUCAUCGCUAGCGGAUGUUGCAACUCACCCUGCGAUAUCGAGGACUUUUAAAUCGAAUGCAUUGAGGGAACUUGCUCAGGAUAUAAUGUUGAUUAUAGAGAAAGAACAGAGGUCUGUCGUCAGCUAUGGUAGACUAUUGGAGGUGUUUCUUGGCGAUUAUCCUGAUGCGUUGUACGAAGAUAAGCUUGCGCUCCCGGAAUACGAUCAUCGCCUAAAGUUGCCCGCGGAAGAGGAGGAUACAAAUGCCGCUCCAUCAAAUAGAAAAGAUAGAAGAUUGGCUUCAAAAGCCUCUGAAAAGGAGGGGACAGCCGAGGACGAAGGCGAAGAUGAAGAUCCGUUUUUUGCAAUUCCGCAGUUCAAAGCGGAUGAAAAGUUGUCCGUAAUAAGUCUCAAGACCGGAGAGAAUAAUGAGGACAUUGAAACCACGAGACAGCUAGCGCAAAUAGCACUACAAAGGAACCAAGAGUUUAUUCGUAACCUACAGAAGAUAAGAAACAGCAUAGUGAAAGCCAACCGAAUUCGGGAACGGAUCCUUAUGUGGGGAAAGGAGUAUGCGGGUAUACCGGAAAAGGAUGUAACAAUACCGAGCGCAUUACAUGUCGUUAAGAGGGGCUUGAUCAGUGCCACUACCAAUCACAUGGACGAAGAGGCCGAAGAUGAAGACGUUGAAGACGAAUAA